UUGGCUCGUUUCACUCCUCUAUCCCUUCUCACAUCAGGAUCCGCUCCACCACCUAACGGGAAGCAACGACGGCUGCUUAAUCUUUCAGCGGGGGAAAAGGGCGACAGGCGAGACGGAAACAGAGAAAUUUAGUCUUCGCCUCCAGCCAAAAUGAUCCACAGCCUGUUCUUAGUUAAUGCCUCAGGAGAUAUCUUCCUGGAAAAGCAUUGGAAGAGCGUUGUCAGCCGCUCUGUGUGCGACUACUUCUUUGAGGCACAGGAGCGUGCCACCGAGCCGGAAAACGUCCCACCGGUGAUCCCCACACCUCAUCACUACCUUAUCAGCGUGCUCAGGCAUCGUAUCUACUUUGUUGCAGUCAUCCAAAGCGAGGUGCCACCGCUGUUUGUUAUUGAGUUUCUGCACAGAGUCGUCGACACGUUCCAGGACUAUUUUGGAGUGUGUACAGAGGCUGCUAUUAAGGACAAUGUAGUAGUGGUCUAUGAACUACUAGAGGAGAUGCUGGACAAUGGCUUUCCGCUGGCCACAGAGUCCAACAUCCUCAAAGAGCUCAUUAAGCCUCCCACCAUCCUCCGCACAAUGGUCAACACCAUCACAGGCAGCACCAAUGUUGGUGAACAGCUCCCUACAGGCCAGCUGUCAGUGGUCCCAUGGCGACGCACCGGAGUCAAAUACACCAACAACGAAGCCUAUUUUGAUGUGGUGGAGGAGAUCGACGCUAUCAUCGAUAAAUCAGGCUCCACUAUCACAGCAGAAAUCCAGGGAGUUAUUGAUGCCUGUGUCAAACUGACAGGCAUGCCUGACCUCACUCUGUCAUUCAUGAAUCCUCGGCUGCUGGAUGAUGUCAGCUUCCACCCAUGUGUUCGGUUCAAGCGCUGGGAAGCUGAGCGGAUCCUCUCCUUCAUCCCUCCUGAUGGAAACUUCCGGUUGCUCUCCUAUCACGUCAGCUCUCAGAACCUGGUGGCGAUUCCAGUGUAUGUCAAACAUAACAUCACCUUCCGGGAGGGAAGCUCCCAGGGACGUUUUGACUUGACCCUGGGACCCAAACAGACCAUGGGCAAGGCUGUGGAGUCUGUGCUAGUCAGCAGCCAGCUGCCCCGGGGAGUCCUCAACGCCAACCUCAACCCCUCCCAGGGAACAUACACCUUUGAUCCAGUCACAAAGAUGUUGUCAUGGGAUGUUGGUAAGAUCAACCCACAGAAGCUUCCCAGCCUGAAAGGCACCAUGAGCCUGCAGGCCGGGGCCUCCAAACCUGACGAGAACCCCACCAUCAACAUCCAGUUCAAGAUUCAGCAGAUGGCCAUCUCAGGGUUGAAGGUGAAUCGACUGGACAUGUACGGUGAGAAGUAUAAACCUUUCAAAGGCAUCAAGUACAUGACGAAGGCUGGAAAGUUCCAGGUGCGGACAUAAAGACUACUACUCAGUGACUACUGGACCAAACCACCAUGAGACUGAGGGGGGAUCUGAUUGGGGAAAACGGAGUUGGUACAUUCCCUGUGUAUAUGCAUUUUCAGGAUUGACCUACAAAUAUUGGAGGCUCCUUGUAGCAGUUAAGAAUGGACCAUUGCACAUAUAAACCUCUGUUUAAGCAUACACAUCAAACAUCCACUAAACUGCAGUGUGAACAAAGCAUAAAAAAAACAUGGAUGGACUGAGAUAGACAGGCAUUCCAAGCGAUGGACAGAGAUGGAAAUGUCUGUCCAUCCCAGUCCAUCGCAGGCACAAACCCAACAGAUCCUGAUGUGUAUAUGUAAUAUACUCCUGAUAUAUACUGUUAACAGCAUUUCUAUUGAUAACUUUAAUCCUGAGGACAAAACAAACCCAAACGGCUAGUUUGUAUCCAUUCAGGUUCCAUCAUGUUAAGACAUAAAUCUUUACCAAACAGGCCACAACCUGAUGCUGUUCAGCUGCAGGUAUUGAGUUCAAAUGUAAUCUGUCAUCCACCUUUCCACAUCUGCAUAGAUAUGUGCAGGUUUUUACACAAGAGAGCAGUGAACCAAUAGACAAUAGUUUCCUUAAUAAUAAAUUGAUAUAGCAUGAGCUGUACAUAAUGACAGAUAUUCAGUAUUUUGGUGGAUCUGCUGUAACAGUGUAUACAGGCCUGUGUUACUUUUCUCUGAUCUUUAGGAACAAGUCCUCAUUGCAACCUACCAAUGAAAAUGGAUAGCACUAUUUCUUAUCCUUCUUCUCCCCCCUGUUCUUCUGAUUCCUUUUCCAGCAUUUCUUCUGUGUGCUUCUGUUUGGUCUGUUCUCACGCUCUCGUCUUCGUUGCAAUGAUUUGAUGGUUUUGUCUGCAGCACUGGAGUCAGCACACUGACAUAUGAGAAUGUGACACUGGAGCCGUCCUCAAUCAUGCACUUUCACAUCUGCUGGUACUAACAUUUCAUUUUGAUGCAAGUGAAAUGGAUGUAAAGUUAGAGAACUUGUUUAUUGCAAUGAAGAAAUUUUUCAAGUACAUAUUCAUCUGUUUUUAUUCAACUUUCAAUAUUAUUUAUUAAACAAAACAAAGGACCCAUUGUCUCGUGUACAACGUUUCCCAUUUCUGCAUACUGUCAAUUCUUCAAAGCUUGAACUCUACAGAAGCUUAUUAUUCAGCCAUAUUUUGACCAAACAAUAUGACCUAUUUUCACUUUGAGGAUCUAUGAUCUAUUUCCCAGAUUUUGUUCUCAGCAUAUAGAAACACACGGCCAAGAUAAAAUGUUUUGAUCUCGUCAAUUUGGUGCUAAGUACUGUGAUCUAAAAUGACACACAACCCUUACAGUCAGAACAGCUGGUUAAUGUGCAUCUUAAGAUCUAUUUAGCAAAUCAAAAUAGAAAUUUCCUAUUAUGGUUUAAUGGCCAGGUACCUCAGAAUAAAUGUUGAAGGUUUGCAUUUUGUGUGUGUGUUUGUUAAACAGCCUCCAAUGGAGUGUUCUAAUGGUGUAAAAAA